AUGAUUUUUCCGACAGUUGCAGUUCUGGUGUAUGUUAUAGGCUAUGCUACCGCCGUGGCAGGAUCACAGUCCCUGUCAAGCAGUAGGCGGACGCUGUACAGGGAGUACAAGAGCCAACUGGAUGCCUCACUGGAGAAACUGCCUUCAGGAAAUACACUUGACGACGAGGAGCUAUACGAUAACUAUAUAAAGCAGUCUGCUGGCUAUUGUCAAGUCUCGUACUGCCUGAAUGACGAAGGAGGGCUCGCUGAGCUCAAGGACAAUCAGUUUAUCUUUCCAGAUCAGUUGGUCCCUUACACCCCGAUUGAUUACAAGGAAAAAUUCGUGGAUAGCACGGGAAACACAAAUAUCAGAUACAAUCUUACAAAGCUUUUUGACAACGUGGAGGAAUCUGGCAGAAUUAUCACCCAUGGUGGGGGUGAAGGUUAUAUGCUGCUUGACCAUAAGUUGCGUACGAUCAAUAUCGUAUUCCGAGGCACUCGGCAAUUCUCACAAUGGUAUACUAACCUCCAUUUCAAGCCUGGCAGAUACCGGCCUGUUAUGAAUAGUUCUGCAUAUUGGGACCAGAUCAGUUAUAGCCGAAAGAAAGUGCUUCAGGAGAAUAUGGUACGAAAUAUGGAGCACCACAAUUACUUUGAUUGUUCGCUCUCUUACGCCCACGCAGGAUUCACCUUUGUUGCCCGCGGAAUGGCCCUGCAGGUUCAUAAUGAGCUUUUCAAGUGGUUGCAAGAAUUUCCUGAUUACAGAGUGCUGGUCACAGGACAUUCCAUGGGAGGAGCUCUAGCUCAGAUGACCUCUUUGGAUUUGCAUAUCCUUGGAAUAGACAACUUCAUGGUUAGCUUCAACGCUCCCUCAGUGUUCUCUCACACAUUGGCAGCUGCCUACAACAGUCUGGUGGACCAGUCUUCCAAUUCUGCAGCUCUACGAGUUUACCACUUCUACGACCUUGUUCCGCGCAUUCUCCCGUACUCAAUGUAUAGGCAUGUCGGUGUUCCGAUUGUCACGUUCAAACGCGAGUUGCCGCAUGCCUAUACAGACUUCCGUGUUAGUGCUAACAGCAGAUUGUAUGGUAGCAGCCAGGAAUUGGAGCUGGCAGAUGUCAACGAAACCUCAUCUUUUCUCGCCCAAGGUAUCAAAGAUUACUUGAAGGAGCUCUGGCGUCGCAGGCCAGAAGUACUUGACCCCUUUUAUCACCGACACCUGGUGGUGUUUUUCGCUGCCUGUAACGAAUGCUGA